AGUCGUCGAUGUGGUUCCGUGGACAAGACACAGGCACACACAAUGUCUAUAGGUGUACACGCCGAGUUGAAGGUGAGUGAUAAGAGUAGGAAACAAGACACACUAUACCGAGCAGAGCGCUACCUACUACACCGAGGCACUUCAGCUGCUUUGGUUAUUGCCCACACACCGCGCCAGCGUUCCAGUGCACUGCAGCAACAGCAGCAGCAGCUCCCCUCUCUCUCUCGCAACGUCUCGAAUGGCCAGAGAGAGUCUCCAGCGCGCCCGGUUUAUAUCGGCUGGGCAGGAGCAUAGCCCAUGCCAGUUGGGUUUGCGACACGACGUGCAUUGGACGCGCUCGCUUUCGCCCGUGUUCUCGCCUUGUGACGUUUGAGACUUUCUUCUCUAGAGACCCUGGCUGGCCCUGUUCUAUACAGUAGACUGAGCGAAAAAAGACACUUGAAUGUCGUGAACUUAAACGAUUCGGUCUGUAGUGAAGUGGACUCGACCCGUUUUUUUGUUUUAUUUUUUUUAUCUUUGGCCUCGCUGAAAGUGAAUUAAGAAAUACGCAGUGAAGUGGGUGAAAAGAAACGAAACAGCAACAGUGUUUUGAGAAAAAUCUGCAUUGAGGCUCGAGUGGCUCGAUGGAUAUUUCGCCAGUGCGGCCGAGAAGAAGCAUCAAUCUGCCCAGUCAAUUCUAACUCGCCAAAGUGACACUGAAACUAACAGCCAAAAUGAGGACUUUUUCUCGGUCGGUGAACGUCUUCUCCAUUCUGAUGCUGACCGCUGUGAUGGUAGCCCCUACGCUGCAAGCGGACAACAACAUUACCACCAACAACAACAAUUCGACUGAAAGGAAAUACCCCAAACAGUUGUACCGGCUCAUACAAGAUCGAUUGCAGACCAAUCGACGGACGCAGGAUCAGGAAGGAUCGUGGAGCGAGUGGACCUCAUGGACGCCAUGCUCGAGGACCUGCGGCGGCGGGGUGUCGGCCCAGAUGCGCCACUGCAGCACUCUACGUGCCAGGCGGUCCGCAACUGGAUCGCCGUUGAGGAAUCGGCGCAAGGCGAGCGACAGCGGCGACGACCUCAACAACUUGAACGCGCUCGAUACGGCGACGGCCAUCGGCGGCAACAGCAGCAGCCGGGCAACAACGGGAUGCGUCGGUCUCUACAAGCGCUAUCACAUGUGCAACACUCAGGAAUGUCCAGCUGGAUCUCCCGAUUUUCGUCAAGCUCAAUGCGAAUCCUACAACGGCAAGCAGUUCAUGGGACGCUAUUACUUAUGGGAAGCCUACUGGGAUGGUGAGAAUCCCUGCGAGCUGAACUGCCGGGCGUUGACUUUCCGCUUCUAUGCCCUGCUCAACAAAACGGUCAUUGACGGGACCCUGUGCCGUCCUAAUGACCCUACCCGAGUCUGCGUCGCUGGAACGUGCAAGACGAUCGGCUGCGACGGGAUCGUGGGAUCGGACAAACGACCGGAUGCCUGCGGAGUGUGCGGCGGCAGCAAUUCCACCUGUCAGAUCGUGUCGGGCAUCUUCACGGAGCCGCAAUUGCCACCCGGUUACAAUCUGGUGGCCCAGUUGCCCAAAGGCGCCUGCCACGUCAACAUCACCGAGUUCAAACCCAGUCGCAACUAUCUAGCUUUAAGGCGUUCCGAUGGCACAUUCGUCUUCAAUGGUAAUUGGGCCAUCAACUGGUCCGGCGAGUACCAAGCGGCCGGUACGACGUUUGCCUACAGGCGCCAAGAUACAACUACCCCCGAGCUGAUAACCACACAAGGACCGCUGACCGAGCCCAUUGAUAUUAUGGUCAUUUACCAGCAGAUUAAUCCCGGGAUCAAAUACGAGUACAUGUUACCUUUGGGAGUGGCCAACAGCAAUAUCGUCCCUCGCCCUAGUAACAAUCCAUCACCGACCGUUCAAACUGACGGCCUAAACGGCGGCACAGCGUCUUCAUCCAUAAUUGUGCCACCUGGGCGAUUUCAACUGGAUGCGGCGUCCAAUUCACCGACUGCCACCAACUUUCUUGGCGCCAAUCCGUCUCCUCCGCGCAGUCUGGGAUCCGAAGGUGGACUGUUUCAAACCAUCCAAUCAAACCAACAAGGUUCAGCCGCCGGAUUGGGUGGUAUCCAUCAACAACUUUCGCCGCCCAGUGGCAGUGCUGGUCUUGGCUUAUCUAAUUACCCAACCAACAGUGGCAACUUCCCAUCUUCACUGAGCUCCAGCGGCAGUUUGGCCACUCUGGGCAUUGCUGUGCCGGGCUCCAACUUUGAUUCUCCCUCGCCGUUGGAUCACGUCAACAACAACAAUCCUUCCGUGCUAUCCGCCGGAGACUCUGCCACCAUCGCUCCUGCUGUCCUUCCCAACAAAGAAACGGGUCGAACGGCCCACCAAAAUCACGGUGGCCGGACUCCGAACAAAAGACGUCAGCACGGGCACAGAAUCCACAACAAGCCCAGCGGAGGAGCGGCCGGCAGCUCGUCCGCUCCGGGAGAACAGGGCAAGCUCGGAUCGCCAGAGCUCCAGGCGAUCGACCCUAACGUUGCGACGCCUCCGCCUCAUCGCCGUGGCCCCCGCCGUCAUCCCAAUGGCAAGGGCUUUGUAUGGAAACAAGUUGGGUUCUCUGAAUGUUCCAAAACUUGCGGAGGAGGUGUACAACAAGCGCUGAUCGUCUGCGUCAGAGACAGAGAUCAAGUGCCCGUGGCCGAUCACCGUUGCAAGGAAGAGGACCGACCACCUUCGGAGACUGUUCGAUGCGGUCCCAAACCUUGUCCAGCCGAUUGGGUUCUCGGCGAGUGGACCCCGUGCUCCGUAACGUGUGGCGAUGGAAUCCAGACACGCGAUCUGACCUGCAAACAAGAAAUAUCCGCCACGUUGACGAUGAGGGUCAACGAGGCCGCCUGUCUCGGGGCCGCCCCUCUCGUCCCCAGAGUCCGCAAUUGCAACUUGGGACACUGUGCCAAAUGGCACACCUCCGAUUGGGGAAAAUGCUCGACGAGCUGCGGCAAGGGAAUGAGGCACAGGCGCGUCUACUGCCAAGGAUUUGACGGACGUGAUGUCGGCGAAUCCGAUUGCUCCGCCAUGGAGAAGCCCUCCGGCAGCGAUAUUUGCGACAUGGGAUCCUGCUCGGCCAACACCUGGUUCUUUACCGAAUGGACCGGUCAGUGUUCGGAAGAAUGCGGAACUGGGAUCCAGACACGCAAAGCUCACUGUUCCAGCAACAGCGAAAUGGAUUGCGACGUGAGCAAGAAGCCCGACACAUCCAGGACCUGUGUCUCGGCAAAAGAUUGCAGCGGCAAGUGGUUUGCCGGACCUUGGUCUCAGUGUUCGGCAACGUGCGAUGAAGGAACUCAGACUCGAGAGGUCAUAUGUCUGACUUUUAUGAGAGGCCAGUAUCGAGUCGGGUUGGAUAUGCAGUGCCCAGCUCGAGAUAAGCCCAACAACACGGCUCCAUGCAACUUGGGCAAAUGCCUUCCACAGUGGUACACGACCGACUGGUCUGAGUGUUCGGCUACCUGCGGAACGGGAGCCCAGCGUCGUGAAGUCAAAUGCCUCGAUUCGAACCAGAUGCCAUCACAAGACUGCCGAGAAGAGGAUCGGCCACUGCUUCGACAGGCCUGCAAUGUCCGAACAAAUUGUAACGAAGUGCCAGGGAACGACGAAAACGGAAUGGAAGCCCAAGACACGCCCGUCAUUAGUGUAGAGAGCAAUCGAAAUAAUAACGAAACCGAGACUAUGGUCCAAGAACCGGUGAAACCCAAGAAAGCCGCCAAACUUCCCAAAUCCAGCAACAAGGCUGUCGACAGUGCGGCAUUAAACAUAGUGACCACAGCUCCGACCAUCGGAGGUGAUGGACCAACGACCGACGCCAGCGCAUCAGCGUCGGGUGAAGGUUGUUCGGACAAGUUUAAAAAUUGUCACUUGGUGGUUCAAGCUCGACUCUGCAAGCUGAAAUAUUAUCUCGUGUCGUGCUGCGCUUCUUGUUCCAAACCAAAAACGUGAAAACCCUCCGAUCGACAGCAAACAACAACAACACACAAACCGAGAUGAGAAGACAUAAAAACGGAAAAAGAAAUUUACAGCGUCGUCGUAAAACUAACAGAAAAAAAAAAUAUUGAUGCUCCUUUCCCUCCUCCAACACCUUUCAAAUCAUUGUGAAUAUUAAGAGAAGAGAUUAAGAAGAUAAAGCGUGUCGCCCCUUUAAGAAAAAAAUAAUAAUAAUCUUUUUGACUUUUUCUCUAUUUCCCUGUACAUGUGGAUGAUAACUGCCGUGAUUGUUGUCCGUUCGUCAAUUAUGGUGGAUCUAUGCGAACAAAAAUGUUUUAAAUCGUUUUUUCAUGUCUGGCGCGCAGUGAAUUAGUGCACAAUUGAAAAGAGAAAAUUUAUCGUUGUGUGACGAUGCAGCGGGAUCGGUUGCAUAAUAUACAGUAGAGUUUAAAGCAUGCAUACAUGUGCCCGUGCAGAAGAAGAAGAAGAAGCGAAGAUAAAAGUGGGCAAUGAAACAGCAGUGCCAUACAAAAGGCGGACAAGGGACAAGACAAACUUUUAUCUCGCGUGACAAAUCCGGCAGGAGUUCGGCAGUCGGCCACAUGCGGCGUUUCCUUGAUUGCUCUUUGUGUAUGUGUGUGCAGAACCGCUUGUUAAAUAUGCUUUGGUGGCGACGAAAGAAAAAAAAAAAAGAAGAAAUACUCGACGACGUGCUGAGCAGGACAAAGUCGACUGUAGCGGACAGCUGAUGAUGUGGCGGCUCCCUAUACUACACCGGUAUAUGGGCUGCACUGCAACUAUUUGAAAUAGGAAUAAGAAUCAAUCAGUUCAAACAUGUUUUGUGCUCCAUUCCUCUCAUCUAACCAAGUUAUUCAUCCAUACACAAAUUUUUAAUUCCCUCCCCUAAAUUGGUUGCAAAAAAAAAACUCAGAUCUGAAAAGAUGAAAUCUCGUGUUUUGAGUUGGAUCGCAGAUUCCCCUCUCCCCCCUUUUUUUCCUGUUCCACGAAGAGUUGGCGGCUAAUAAUCGGCAAUUUGCUAUUAAAAGAAAAUUGAAAACAUCACUUACCGCCCUCUCCCAUUCACCCCCCUAAAUUUGGUUUGUUCAAUUUGAUUUCCUUUUUCCAAGUGCUGUGUUCUGUAUUAUGUAUUUAUUAGCUUUGAGGUAGGUCUAGAAAUGUGGAUCAUAAUUCAAUGACAUUUACAUGUUAACCGCCCGUGUUUUUACAGAAUUUCUUCGAUACCCUUCAUACCAAAUGCCAGUUCAAUGUGUAUUAUUAUUUGAUUUUGUAUGACGUCAUUUCUCCUUCUCGCGCCCACUUUUAUCGCUUCUUUAUGUGUCUAAUUGUAAAACCUAUUGAAAAACAAAAACAUUUUUAAUGAUACAGAAAAGCUUUCUCCAUG